AUGUAUUUAUUUCGAGAAUGGCUUCUGACUCUUGAAGCCAAAGGAAAGUUCAAAGUUCUGUCUACAUGGAAAGUUUGUCGUAAUGGCUUCAACCCGGUUGACUUACAGAUGAAUGAACUCAAUACCAAAAGAUUUCGUUUUACCAUAUAUUUAGUCUCAUUAACCAUUUAUUGGGUUAUGCUGAUAUUCCCUCCAUUCUGUACACUUUUGUCUUUUUCACUUGUACUGGCUAAUCCUAUGAUGUACCAAAAUCCUAAAUUGGCUUUUUUCGCUCUUUUAUGGUCACCUACGUUUAGUUUAUCGCUUGGUUUUACCAUUAAUGCAAUCAUGGGAUUCGGCUGGUAUAUCAUGUGCUCACUUUACUUUCAUCUCUAUCGAUUACGUGAUCUAAUUGAUUACGCUGACAUUUUACUGAAUAACUCAAAGCAUGGAUUGUUUGCUGAAAAAGAUAUGCAGUUAUUUUGCCCAAAAGUCAUUCAACAUCUAAAUAAUUUCGAAGCCGCUUCGUUCAAGUUGCGCUACGUGUUGUUGUGCUAUUUUUUUGUUAUCUCUUGUUUGUGUGAUUUUGACAUUUUCCUUGGUACUAUUAUCAGAAUUGUUAAUAGUUUGUUUUGCAAUUUGCUUGCAAUCGGUGCUUUCUCCAUUCUUUUGUCUGUUGGAAUUUUAGGCCUCAUUUUCGGAAGUUUCCUUACCAAACUUGGUAGAUUGACAGUCAGACUGCACCAGCUGAGCUGCAGGCAUAAACUUUCAAUACAAUCAGUAAGCAAGGUUUCGGAAAUAAUGGAUCGAGCUGCCGGACCAUACAAUGGAUUGAAAAUCGGGGACUUUUUGACUCUCGAAAAACGGUUUUUCAUACUGUUUAUUGCAGAAAAUAUAUCAAUUUUAAUGUUAUUUACUGUUAACAUUGGCCCUUUGUUGCAUUAAUAUGAUAAUAUCACGAUUUUUUCAACAAUCGUAUGGACCAAAACCAUUGGAAACAAGACAUUCAUUGAUUUGAAAGUGAUGUUGACAUUUUAACCAUUGUAACACAGAUGAAGAAUCAUCAAAUAAAUCAGUUAUUUUGGCUGUUUAAAUUCGAAUUUAAUCACAUUUUAAUGGUAAUAGAAAUUCAGCGAUUUUAUCAAUGCAUCUAGCACCUUUAGC